AUGAUGUUAUCGUUAUAUUACCCAAGGCGGUGGAGUCCUCAAGAUGAAAUCGCUAUUCUACGUGAAAUCAUUGAUUUCAAAAAUAAAAUAGGCAAGUAUCCCUCUGAGGAUAGACUCCGAUUUUACGAAUCUGCCAAGAAUGUGGUUAACUUCGAGACCAACUUGAGACAAUUCUUAGAAAAAGUUCGGCAUCUAGAAAAGAGAUAUCGAAAGAAAGCCAAGGAGGGUGUCGAGCCAUCAUUCGAGAACGAGCAUGUUCGGGAGUGUUUCAAGUGGUCCAAGGUUAUCUGGGGAGCUGAAGAGUUGGCUGAAAAAGGUCAUGAAGACGAUGGACACGGAGGAGAUGUAGAGUCACCACCAGGUUGUGUGACACAAACUAAUUGGUUUAAGGAGUCAAAUCUAUUAAGAUCGAUGGAGGGGUUCGGUGUGGAUUCUGUGCUCCAAAAAUGGAGUGUACUCCCGACUGAAACAAAGAGUAGAAUGGAAGAGAGGUCGAAGUCGUUGGAUGCCAAGGAUGUCGAAAUUAAGAAAAUGGAAGACAUGUUGAGCGGAAGAAAACGUGAAUUAAAGGAGAUUGAAGAGAAGUUGAGCGCAAAACAACGUGAACAAAUGUUGGAGAAGAAAGCCUUGUUUGAUGAGGUAUUCUCUCUGAUCACUUCAGCAAACUAG